AUGAUCGUGUACCGAGUGAUUGAUGUGUGGGACGGGAGUUCUGGGAGCUCCAAAGAGGACAUGCCUGCUGCUUUCUUGAUUGGCUGGCAUCUUUGGAGCCAGGCUGAGCCCUGGGCUGUCUCCUUCCCGGAGAGGUGCCUGCGUCUGUUCAGGGAGAGGCAUGAGGAAGGCGGUGGGGAUGGGGUGCCGGCAGGGGCACCCACCCGUGAUGUCCUCCUGGUCUCUGCCAUCAUCACCGUCAGCCUUAGCGUCACUGUCGUCCUCUGCGGCCUCUGCCACUGGUGUCAGCGUAAACUGGGCAAACGCUACAAGAACUCCUUGGAGACAGUGGGCACGCCAGACUCAGGGCGUGGGCGCAGUGAGAAGAAGGCCAUCAAUGGCACCCUCCUGUCGGGCGCCAAAGUGGCCGCCGCGGCGGGGCUGGCGGUGGAGCGGGAAGGCCGGCUGGGGGAGAAGCCGGCACCGGUGCCACCACCCGGAGAGGACGCCUUGAGAAGCGGAGGGGCUGCCCCCAGCGAGUCGGGCGGCGGUGGCAAGGCGGGGAGAGGCCGCUGGCGGACAGUGCAGAGCCACCUGGCCGCAGGGAAGCUCAACUUGUCCAAGUUACCUGCAGGAGGGAAGGCCGUGAACACGGCCCCUGUACCGGGCCAGACACCCCACGAUGAGUCAGACCGCAGGACUGAGCCCCGCUCAUCUGUCUCGGACCUCGUCAACUCCCUCACCAGCGAGAUGCUUAUGCUCUCCCCAGGCUCGGAGGAGGACGAGGCCCACGAGGGCUGCAGCCGUGAGAACCUGGGCCGGAUCCAGUUCAGCGUCGGCUACAACUUCCAAGAGUCGACGCUCACCGUGAAGAUCAUGAAGGCCCAGGAGCUGCCGGCCAAGGACUUCAGCGGCACCAGCGACCCCUUUGUCAAGAUCUACCUGCUGCCCGACAAGAAGCACAAGCUGGAGACCAAGGUGAAGCGCAAGAACCUGAACCCCCACUGGAACGAGACCUUCCUCUUCGAAGGUUUUCCCUACGAGAAGGUGGUGCAGAGGGUCCUCUACCUCCAGGUCCUGGACUACGACCGUUUCAGCCGCAAUGACCCCAUCGGGGAAGUGUCCAUCCCCCUCAAUAAGGUGGACCUGACCCAGAUGCAGACCUUCUGGAAGGAUCUGAAGCCAUGCAGCGAUGGGAGUGGGAGCCGAGGGGAGCUGCUCUUGUCUCUCUGCUACAACCCCUCUGCCAACUCCAUCAUCGUGAAUAUCAUCAAAGCCCGGAACCUCAAAGCCAUGGACAUCGGAGGCACAUCAGAUCCCUACGUGAAGGUGUGGCUGAUGUACAAGGACAAACGGGUAGAGAAGAAGAAGACGGUGACGAUGAAGAGAAAUCUGAACCCCAUCUUCAACGAGUCCUUCGCCUUUGACAUUCCCACGGAGAAGCUGAGGGAGACCACCAUCAUCAUCACUGUGAUGGACAAGGACAAGCUCAGCCGCAACGACGUCAUAGGCAAGAUCUACCUGUCCUGGAAGAGCGGGCCCGGUGAGGUGAAGCACUGGAAGGAUAUGAUCGCCCGUCCCCGGCAGCCUGUGGCUCAGUGGCACCAGCUAAAGGCCUGAGUAGGGCCAGGAGAGGCCCAGGGGCAGAGGCCCAGGUCCCUGUCAUGCCCUCACCACUUUAUGCACAACACCCGGCCUGGCCACCCUGCCGUGGGUGAGGGGAGGACCCUGAGGGCUCAGCCAGGGAGGGGGGUCCCAGGACUCCAUUGGGCCCCAUGUCUAGGAAGCAUCAGCCCCACCCCCACCAGUCCAGCUCGGGGGCGGGGCUCUGGGAGCCAUUUUCCUGCUUUGCCCCUUUCCUUCCUGACUCGCUGACACUAAAGAAGUGGGGGAGAACUCGAGAGCCAGACGGGCAGAUCCCUCCAGAGGCCCGCCAGGUGGGCACGGUCCCCCGUUUUCUUUAAGGCAGUGCCUGGAGUGGAGAGCAGCCACCCCUCCCCAUAGCCCCCUAGUGUGGGUCCAAGGAGAGGGGGGCCUGAGGCGUUUGGCCCCAGCCAGGCUGAUCAGGCCCAUCACCAGGGCAGUUUCAGGCGCCGGCUGGGCCCUGAAUGCCGAGGAUAGUAUAUUGGCCGCUCCAGGAUCCUGGAGCUAUGGCCCUGUGUACUUGUGUUGUGUCCACUGUGUGUGCGUGUGUGUGUGUGCGCGUGCGUGUGUGCGUGUGUGAGGAGGGCACUCACUCCCCGUCCCCCCUGGGGCCAGCAGGCUAUGUAGAAAAGCAGGAUUUCAUGAAGGCCAGGUAGGGCUCAAGGCGGGGAGAGGUUGAGGCCACAGCGCAGAGUAGAGCUCAGGGCUCUCCAGGAGCUCCUGCUUGAGCAAUGUCAUCUCUUGGACCUGAGUUCACAUUUUGUAGGAACCUACUGUGUGCAUAAUAUUCCACAGGACGGGCCUGCCCUUUUCCUUCUCAGGCAUCCCACACCUCGCUCUCCUAACACCCUCACCCCUAGACACCCCCCCAAAAAAAAACCCUUCCAUAUCUCAUUCCAGUCAACUUGGCAAUAUGUUCCAGCCUUCUUAACUUUUCUUAUCUGUCCCUACCCAGCAGACCCUACCCCUCUGUCCCCUGCUGGAGACCUCCCCUUCCUUCCCUUGCCACACAGUCCCUGACAAACACCCACCCCACCGCACCCCCAUCUCCUGAGCUGCUCCAGGCUCUUUGCACUUUGCUAACCCUUCCCAGGAAUGCCAGGUUGGUUGGUUUUUUUUUAUACCCCUCCCUCCCACCAUGCAGGCAGAAGCAGCAGGGACUGGUCCAGGAUUCUGGGGUCGCCCCCCACACAACACAGCUGUGUUUCCUCCCCUCAGCUACCACUGAGACUAGAACUGGCUUCCCUUUGAACAGAGCAGAUUCUAGAAUGACCGACCCCUGCUUAAGCCCUGUCAUCUUUAAAACCACCCAGACUCAAAAUGCCGAUGCUCCAAGCUUGGGCCAGACAUUCCCACAACGCACCACCAGGUGGUGAUAGAUCGCCACCAUCUGUGUGUUUCUAGACCACAGUUUUCUACCCUGGGUGGGUCUGACACCCCAAAGGAAAAUAAAGAGAGUCUCAGGACUGGGCCCUCACAUCCAAAGCACAGCGAGAUCAUGGACUUUUGGAAGCUGUUUUCCUUCAGUAGGCUUGCCCUUGAGCUAGCCCUCUGCUCUCUGCAGUAGACGGGCUGCCUUUCAUCCAUACCAAAAUGUUCUUAAACUGACUUUAACCAACACCCCCCUCACUCCCAUUCCCCUCCCAACCCUUGGGAUCUGGAGGAAUAUCAUAUGUAGUAGGUGAAUUGUUUUGUAGAGCGAAGAAUGCCAAUGUAAAGCCAAUAGUCACCCACAUUCUUUGUAAAUCCAAAUGUUUCUAUAGUGUAGCUUGUUUUAAAUGGGGAGCUGCCCCUCAGUGGGGUCUCGGGAGGCUGUGCAGAAGUAGGAGAGGGUGGUGUCAGGUGGAGGGGACCUGUCAUUCUCUGCACCCCUCUAGGAUUCACCUG